CCACUCAGAUCUUCUUCUCCAAUUCUCAAGAACACACAAACACGCAGAAAAAGCAAGAGAGAGAUUAAGAAGAAACAUGGAAGCUCUUCUCUCCCAAUUCACCUUCCUCUCAGACCAAGCUUUAGAAGACAAGAACUUUGAUCCAUCCACCAUAGAAGACCUAAUGAAGCUCUUUGAGAUUGAGUCGUACAAGGCCUGGGCAGCCAUGGAGCUUGAGCAAGAGAAAGAGGAAGAAGAAGCAGAGGAUGCUCUGCAGAAAGCUGAGGACUAUCUCGACUCAGUGAUGGAAUCUGCCAUGGAUGAGUUCAGAAGCUUUGAACUUGAGCUUGAGAGGAUGGAAAAAUCUGAACUUGAUAGCCUUGUUCAGACUGCUGAGAGUGCUAGAAAAAUGGGUAGGUUAAUGGAAAAAGCUGCUUCUGUUGCUUCCAAAAGGUAUAUUGAAGCUGCUCUGAGUUCUGCUACUUCUUCCAUGAAAUCGGCUUGGAAAGGACUUUCUUCUGGCAAGGUUCAUCCUUCUUAGCCUGAAAAUGUGCUGAUCAAAUGUGUAACCACAAUAAAUUAUUGAUUUAUUUUCAGAUUUUAUAUGCAUAAUCUAGAAAUGUACCCAAGUUGAAGAAGAACAAAUGAAAAUUUGAAGAACUAGUGUUCACGAAGCAGGAAAAUUCAUUUGUUUUGGGCAGAUCUGAUAUAAAGUCCUGGUAUUGAACUGAUUAAAGAUCAUUCUGAUUUGAUUCUGGGUAGAUCUGAUAUAUACCAAGGCUUUUAGGAUUUCAGGAAGCUUACUUUUGAACAUUCCCUACUGAUCUGAUUGAACUAUUGAACUGAUGAAAAAGCAUGUUUAAUUUACUCUUU